GUCUGAGAGAGACACCACAAGUGAGAAAACGACAGACUCGCCAGACAGCAUCAGAAAAACUCUUUGAGACUUUGAACAAAAGGAACCAAACACAAUGGCAGACGUCGCAACUCCCGUUGACAAGAAAGCACCUCCCAAAUUUAAGCAGAGGGCCGCACGCACCUUCAAGAGCAAGGCGCCCAAACCGGGCCAGAAGGGAUUUGGAGACGACAUCCCCGGCAUGGAGGGUCUUGGCACAGACUUCACCGUGGUCUGCCCAUGGGAAGCCUUUGGGGACAUGGAGCUUAGCGACCUGGCGAAAUAUGGAAUCGUCUAGAAACCUCAACUGUUUUCUUGGACCGAGUCCUCCUGUCUCUCACCUCACAGCCCAGCUUUCCUUCUCCUUCCCAAAAUACCCAUCCUCAUAUUCAUUGUCCCUCAUGUAAUUUGAGAUAAAUUGCACACAAAUUGAUCAGCUA